CCCGAAGUCUGCAAAAGAGGCAGGCACAGCUGGAGCCGGUGACAGCUGCUUCGGUCCCAUCAUGCGGCUGCUGGCACCCCUCGCCCUCUGCCUUGGCCUCUGGGCAGAGCUCAGUGCUGCUGUCAUCCCAGUGGAGGAGGAGGAUCCAACCUUCUGGAACAGGAAGGCAGCCGCUGCCCUUGAUGCCACCCUCAAGAUCGAGCCCAGGACGGCAGAAGCCAAAAACCUCAUCAUCUUCCUUGGGGAUGGAUUCGGGGUCCCCAGCAUCACAGCCACCCGGAUCCUAAAGGGGCAGUUGAAGGGGAACCUGGGACCUGAGACUCCCCUUGCUCUGGAUUCUUUCCCCUACGUGGCUCUCUCAAAGACAUACACUGUGGACCGUAUGGUCCCCGACAGCGCGGGCACAGCCACUGCCUACCUGUGUGGGGUGAAGGGCAACUACAAGACAAUAGGGCUGAGUGCAGCCGCACGCUACGGCCAGUGCAACACCACGAAGGGCAACGAGGUCAUCUCAGUGCUGCAGCGAGCCCGUAAAGCUGGGAAGGCAGUGGGCAUCGUGACGACCUCGCGGGUGCAGCACGCAUCGCCCUCGGGGACCUACGCGCACGUGGUGGAUCGCAACUGGUACGCGGACGCCAGCAUGCCAGCUGAGGCCUUAGCACAGGGCUGCAAGGACAUUGCCUGGCAGCUGGUGCACAACGUGGACAUCAAUGUGAUCAUGGGAGGCGGUCGGAUAUACAUGACACCUGCGGGGACACCAGACCCUGAGUAUCCCACAUACAGCUCCGAGAAUGGGAUACGGAAUGAUGGGCAGAACCUCAUUAACAAGUGGCUGUCAGAACGGAAGGGUGCCCGCUAUGUCUGGAACAGGACAGAGAUGCUGGAAGCUGCUGCAGACCCCAGUGUGACUUAUCUGAUGGGACUCUUCGAGCCCAUGGACAUGAAGUAUGAAAUGGUGCACAAUGCCACCCUGGAUCCCUCUCUCACUGAGAUGACGGAAGCAGCGAUCAAAGUCCUGAGCAGGAACCCCAAUGGUUUCUACCUCUUUGUGGAAGGUGGGAGGAUCGACCACGGCCACCAUGAGGGCAUGGCUCAGCGGGCACUGACGGAGGCGGUGGAGUUUGACACGGCCAUUGAGCGUGCAGGCGAACUGCUGGACGAGGCGGACACACUGACCGUGGUCACUGCUGACCAUUCACACGUCUUUUCCUUUGGCGGUUACAUCCUGCGUGGCACCUCCAUCUUCGGCCUGGCCCCUCUACAAGCCACCGACCAGAAGAACUACACCUCCAUCCUCUAUGGGAAUGGGCCGGGCUACCCAGGCGCCAUCCGGCCUGAUGUGAACAGCAGCAUUGCUGGGGAUUUCAGUUACAUGCAGCAGGCGGCCGUCCCCCUCAAGUCAGAGUCCCACGGGGGUGAGGAUGUGGCCAUCCUGGCCAAAGGCCCCAUGGCCUACCUCUUCCAUGGGGUGCAGGAGCAGAACUACAUUGCCCACGCCAUGGCCUACGCUGCCUGCCUUGAGCCCUAUGAAAACUGCCGACAGCGCACCAGUGCUGCAUCUUCAGCCCACCUCACCCCGCUGGCUCUGCUCCUGCCUGCUUUGCUCUUAUCCCUCUUCCACUGACCCCACGGCUUCCAUCCCUGUCCCCCUGAGCACACCCAUGGACAGCAGCUCUUUGGAGCAUCCCUGCUUUGGAUGUGGUGCACUGAAUCCUGUGCAUGGGCUGGUCCUCACAGCCUGCACAGGGUGCUCACUGUUCAAUAAACCUUGGUGCAAUGCUGGCA